AUGGCUGGCGAACCUCAGCCAGCGCAAAAGCGCCCACGCCUCCCUUUCAAACCCCCCAGUCGCACAGCCGCUAGUGCGGGGCCAUCUUCCACGCCAAAGACCAAAGGCAAGGCCAAACACGCCAGCACGAAACCCUCCACAUCCACAUCAGCCUCAAGAACAUCCGCACCAAAAGUAUCCAAAGGCAAAUCUACAGCCGCUGAAAAACGUCCGCAUGCUGAAUCCCCUCCAACCGAUGCGGCUUCACAAUCUGGCUCAGAGUCCGAAUCCGAUGAAUCGAGCCAGAGUCGUCCACGCUCUGUUUCUCAGGAACCGGAUUAUAUUCUUGCUGAAAUCACGCAUUCAAAUCCGGUGGAAGAUGUGACGUCUAGUGAACCGACGAUACCUGCUAAACUGCUCACACGGCUGUUACAUCAACAUUUCCAAAACGAGAAGACGAAGGUUGCCAAAGAUGCCAACGGUGUUGUGGCGAAAUACGUUGAUGUCUUUGUGCGGGAGGCUAUCGCUCGAGCAGCAUAUGAGAGGGCCGAGACAGAUGGGAAUUCCGGGGGGAGACGUGUUGGGGACGGGUUCCUUGAGGUGGAAGACCUGGAGAAGAUGGCACCACAACUUACGAUGGAUUUCUAG